AUGAGCAGCGCAAAGAAGAAUUUCUCGAUGCCCAGCAAGAGCAUUUGGAGAAAAGCACUCGAUCCAAACACCAACGAAAUCUACUUCUACCACACCACCACCAAGGCGACUCAGUGGGAUCGUCCUGAGGACUACGACACAGAGGAGGACGAGGCCUUCGAGCUGCUGAAGGAGAAGUCCAAGGGAGGAAGCAACCUUCUGCUUGACGCCAUGGUGGGCAAGAUCCUCGAGUACGCCCUCUAUAUCGGGAUUGAUCCUACCACCGAGCCCCAUCUCCUUUGGAUCGCCGAAGAAGGUGUAGCAGCUGAGCUGCCUGAGGACUACACUCAGCACACGAACAAGAAGGGCGAGGUGUACUACUUCAACAACAAGACGAAGAUAAGUCAGUGGGAGCAUCCUCUGGACCAGAAGUACAAGGAGCUCGUGGUGAUCAAGAGAGCGGAAGCGACGGGUUCACCGUCCCAGCACGAGGACGGGCAGGCAGGGUUGGAGCACAUGGAGGAAGUAGUUCCCAUGACACUGGUCAGCAAGAUGGCUCCUCCCACUGGCUUCCUGUGGUGA